AUGCACGGAUGGUGCAAGAGUUACUCAUCACCUCCCACUCUGUGCCGUCUGAGCUGUAAAAAGGGCCACAGUGGCCCCACCUAUGAGUCCCUACAGACGGUGUUUGACAGGAAACCCUUUCGACCAGCAGUCAACCUCAGCAACCCCACCAUAGCCAACAUAUCCUUCACUCUGUAUGCGGUGCUGGGAGUGAAUGAGAAGACACAGAUUCUCACUACCUUCCUCUGGCUCAGACUGUAUUGGCACCAUGAGUUUCUUGUGUGGGACCCAGAUGAAUGUGAUGGAGUCACUAAGAUUUCGCUUCCUGUAAAAGACCUGUGGACACCAGACAUCAUUGUGUAUGAGUUUGUAGAUGACGAUGUAUCCCAGGACUGUCCCUACGUGUACGUCAACCACACAGGCCACAUCCGCUAUGAUAGAAUGUUACGAAUUGUCAGCGCCUGCAACCUGGAGAUCUACACCUUUCCAUUUGACAUUCAGAACUGCUCGCUCACCUUCGGAUCCUACAUGCACACCAUCAAAGACGUUCGGGUCAGUCCUGCCUUGUCCUUUGCCGAGAUCUCUGGGAACUCAAAGCGAUACUUGGAGGCCAGCGGUGAGUGGGAGCUGGUGGUCAUCCAGGGCGAGGCUGGCAUACUGCAGUUUGGGAUUGACGAAUGGGACAUCAUCACUUUCUGGGUGGUGAUAAAGAGGCGGCCUAUCCUGUACGUGGUGAACCUGCUGAUCCCCAGCUCCUUUCUGAUGAUCAUUGAUAUCUUGUCCUUCUACCUGCCCCCUCACAGUGUAGACCGUGCCUCCUUCAAGAUGACCCUCAUCUUGGGCUACACUGUCUUCCUGCUCAUCAUGAAUGACCUGCUCCCCAGCACAGCAAAUGGCACUCCCAUCAUUGGUAUCUACUUCUCGGUCUGCCUGGCCCUCAUGGUAAUCAGCCUCCUAGAGACGGUCAUCAUAACCAAUGUGCUCCACCACAACUCCAUGAAGUAUCGUGAAGUGCCACGGUGGGUCCGGGUUCUGAUUUUGCAGUACAUUGCCCGUCUCAUUUGUUACCAAAAGCCUGAAGACUCUCCGCAAGCCUCCGAGGACAAACUGGACAACCUGGGUCCAUGGGUCACACAGCCCUCUGCCCCUGCCCCACAUCCAACCAGCAAUGGCCAUGGCACACCUGUACAAAUCCCAGUCAUCCCUGAGCUGAAACAGAUCUGCCAGGACCUGAGUCUAAUGCGCACUCACCUCACCUCCAUGCAGAAGGAGAGUGAGUUGCAGGACCAGUGGUGUCAUGUGGGAUACGUCAUGGACUUCCUCCUGUUCCGCAUCUACCUAUUUCUCAUUACACUCUACGCCAUGGUUAUCAUCUGUAUGUGGUGCAUCUGGUUCAACCAAUAA